CGGGACGAGGGCGCGGUUACUUUGUGUCGGAGCGAGAGGAGCGGCCGGGAUGUUGGGCCGAGUGGCGGCGGCGCUCUUCUCCUUUCUGAGAUCACUGAUCGAUGUCUUCCUGAAGCUAUUUGGUCUCAAGAAAACAGGUCCACCGAUCACACUCGAAGACCCAAACACCAAGUAUGCACUGAGGCUGAUCGAUAAGGAGGUCGUGACCCGUGACACGAGGAGGUUCCGCUUCGCCCUCCCUUCCCUGGAUCACAUGCUGGGACUGCCAGUCGGGCAGCAUGUCUACCUGUCAGCCAGGGUGAACGGGCAGCUCGUGGUCAAGCCCUACACUCCUGUCUCCAGCGAUGAUGACAAGGGAUAUGUGGAUCUGGUGGUCAAGAUUUACUUUAAGGGUGUCCAUCCAAAGUUCCCUGAAGGAGGUAAAAUGUCCCAGUACCUGGAGAACCUGAGGCUCCAGGACAGCAUUGACUUCCGGGGACCUAGCGGUCUGCUUGUUUACAAGGGAAAAGGACAGUUUGCCAUUCGUCCUGAUAAGAAAUCUGAAGCCAAGAUCAAGGAGGUUAAGAAAGUGGGCAUGAUUGCUGGUGGGACAGGCAUCACCCCUAUGCUGCAACUGAUCCGAGCGAUUGUGAAGGAUCCCAAUGACCCCACGAUUUGCCACCUGUUGUUUGCCAACCAGAGUGAGAAAGACAUUCUUCUGCAAUCUGAGCUGGAAGAAAUUGAGGCAGAGAAUCCUCAUCGUGUGAUAAUCUGGUACACCUUGGACAAAGCACCGGAAGGCUGGAAAUACAGUGAGGGAUUUGUGAGUGAACAGAUGAUCCAGGACCACCUGCCCCCACCAGCAGAUGAUGUGCUCAUUCUAAUGUGUGGUCCUCCUCCAAUGAUAGAAUUCGCCUGUAACCCGAACCUUGACAAACUGGGCUACGGUCAGGACGCACGGUUUGCAUUUUGAGCUUCUGGCCAGAAAUGGAAUCGGAGUACUGGCCAGGAUUCCAUUUUAUAUAAGCUACCUACUUAAUCGUAAAACGCCAGCAUGUCAUUUCAGCUGAAAUUCAAAGGCAAGCUUUUGGGGCGGGUGGUCUCGGCUGGCUGUACUUUGUACUUUUGAACUGCUGCUGCUUCAUUGUAAAUUUGCAAAACAGUGUUUGAGAGAGACACUCUGGCUUUGGAAUGGGGAAGCAGCAGAGGCACGUCCAAACAAUUCUCUGCUCCUUUAGGCUCUCUACUUGCACUAAGCUCCAGUGUCUGACUUUGUAUAUCCUGCUCUGUAAAGGUGAUUAGGCAAAGGCUGGUGGUGUGGCUGACAUGCAGCUAAUUAGAUGAGAGAAUGUAAUUUGUGCUUGAGGUGAGAGUUCUGGGAACACAGCAACAGGAAGGAAAGGACAGGGGCAGCUGCAUCUCUGACAGGGCCACAGUGACAGAAGUGAUGUGAAUGUCAUGUGUCUAGAGGAUUACUGUGGGUAGGUUUUUGGCAUAACUUCAGUUUGAAAUGGAGAUUAAAGCAAUUUUUAAAAAUAACAUUCAUUUUAAUGUGCUGUGGUUUGCUUGCUAUGUAAUCAGCACUGGCUGCAGGUUAAGGGGAACCCUUAAAAGGUUUCUGACCAAAGCAUUUCCUGACCAAGGAAAUGUUAUAUUGACACCAUUAAGACCAGGUGUGGAAGGUAGGGUAAUGCAAAUGAACUGCUUCAGCCCUAGUGGGAAAACCACAGCUGUGUGAGAGUUUGUUAGAUUAUUGGGCAUUACGGUAACAGUCUUCUCCCCAGGGGAGGGGAAAGAUUUAAAAGCGACCUGAGGGGCAACUUUUUCCAUGCAGAGGGUGGUGAGUAUAUGGAACGAGCUGCCAGAGGAAGUGGGUGAGGCAGGUACAACAGUGUCAUUUAAGAACCUGGAUAGGUACAUGGAGGGGCAGGGCUUGGAGGGAUAUGGGCAGAACACAGGAAAUUGGGACCAACUGCGUGGACAAUGUGGUCAGUAUGGACUGGUUGGGCCGAAGGGCCUGUAUCUGUGCUCUGACUAUUCCUUGUCAGGAUCAUUCCUAGGGGUGGCUUGUUGUGUUGCUCCCUGUUAGACUGACUCAAGUGAAUGAUUUGGCAAGUGGGCACACAGGAAAAUUUAACAACUCAAUUUCAAAUGUCAUGGGUUCUUCACUCACGGUCUGAAACAGCUCCCAUUGGAGCUGCUUCAAGGUCUCAACUUCUCUGGAAUCCCCGGCAAGGCUGAAUGGUGAUAGUCUGUACCAUAUUAAUGCUAAGGGAGCGGUUAUUUUAGAAACUUGUUCAGCAGAGCUUGUCCCUGAAGCAGAAAGUGACAUCAACAGUACACCCUCAUUCUCGAGCAGAUACCUUGUUACUGUGCUGUUCAACUCUGCUAAUGUGCCCUACAGCCCACCCUAUCCAUGAUGACCACUCUACAUGCCUAUACUAGCCCCACUUAGAUGGUUUCCAAAGCCUUCUAUACCUUGCGGAUCCUGGUUUGACCAGAUGAUCCAGUAUAAAAUCCUUGUACUCUCAACCUCAUCACAGAUAAAAUCAUGCUUUGUUGGACAUGCAGCCUUGAUUUCCGCUCCUCACUAUCCAGCCAUUUAACCAGUUUCUGUAGGUAGCUCCUUCCAUCCACUGCAGUUAUCUUCUGCAGCUGCUUGAAAAAGUUAAUUAAUGCCAACUUGAUUUAGAGUUUAAGUCAGAGGCUGAUAACUAUAUAAGCUAACUUAAGGAAUGUUUUCCUGUACACUACUAGUAUUUGCCUGUCAGCCUUUGGUCCUUACCACCAAGGGCAGACCACACUACUGUAUUAAAGAUCACUUCAGCUAUCUGCAGGAUUUCCCAAAUGUUUAAACUUUGGCAACUUCACAUUUAGCAGAAUUAAUACCUGCACAAUUGUAACAUUUAAUGCAUUAUCUAUGUAAUAAUGGAGCAAAGUAAAGUUAUUAAAUGGCA